AUGAUGAACGUUUGCUGUCAGAUUUUCAUCAAUUUUUUAUUACAACAUGAAAAGCCACUUCAACUUCAAUUAGAUUGUCAUCGAUAUCCUGACGAUCAUAAACUAAAGCAAACAUCUAAAUAUCAUGCAUUCGAGAACAGGUUUUCGAAUGUAACAAUAGAGUGCAAGUGUCAGCACGACCACCAAACUCGAAACAUAUCAACGGCAACAAAAAAAAAUGAAAAACUUCACUCAAUAGGCGCGUACACACAACAAAAAAGCGACAAGAAGAUUUAUUAG